GAGAUCGGGGAUUCAUGUCAUUACUCCAGUAAACUCUCUGCGUGUACACAGUCUGUCCACCAGAGGGCAGCAGCGUCUUUGUCCUGCACUAAUUUAUCAACGAGAAAGGUGACUUCCGGUGCUCCGUCCUGUUCAGACGACGCGUAUUGCUGUGAGACGGUGGAGAUGGCAGGACGCCGCGUUGCCCUGAAGGCCAUUGAUUGGCUGGCUUUUGCUGAACGUGUUCCACCCAACCAGCGGAGCAUGUUCAAUGCUCUGAAGACUCGCAGUGAUGCUAUUUCUGCCAAACUAACAUCGUUGCCAGAAGCUCCUGCCACAAUUGACUGGAAUUUCUACAGGGGUGCAGUGGCUAAAGCUGGAAUGGUUGAUGAGUUUGAGAAGAAGUUCAAAGCACUGAAGAUCCCUGAGCCUGUUGAUACACAGACCAGCGCCAUCGAUGCACAGGAAAUUGAGGCUAAUAAGAGCGCUUUAGACUACGUGGAAGCAUCAAAGGCUCGCAUUGCUCAAUACGAAGAGGAGCUUUCUAAAUUUAAAAACAUGAUCCCCUUCGACCAGAUGACGAUUGAGGACCUUAAUGAGGCUUUCCCUGAGACCAAACUGGACAUGGAGAAAUAUCCAUACUGGCCCCACAAGCCCAUUGCUGACCUGUAAUUCUACUCAUGUAAACCUUGUCUCUCAAUAAAGAUUAUGUAUUUUAAAGUCAA